GGAAGCUUGUUUUGUUUUUGAGCUCACACCGAGAAUAUCACCAACUACAGUCGCUACCAACAUGAGUUGACUCCCUCGAUAGCACAAAAUCAUGGAGUGAACUACCAACUCACAAAACAGAACAAGGCAUACUUUGUGUUUGUGUUUAUGUCUGAGUGAAGUGGCACCCCAAAAAUAAUGGCCUUUAUGGCGGGGAGUUCCUUCCUCCCCUAUCAUUUACCCUCUUCUUCUUUAGCUCCCAGAAGGUUCCGAUCCUCGUGCUACUUGCGCCAACAACAGCAACAGCAUGAUCCAAUCUGCAGAAAGAGAGCAUUUUUGUUGAUGGGCUUCGCUGUUCUUCCACUUCUCCCUUUCAAGAAUACCCCAGCUCUUUCUCUUCAAUCACCCAAAGAAAGUGAGGUGAAGGCACAGGAUGAUGACAAGAACAUGGAGACGGCACCUGAAACAGACAAGCCAUCAAAUUCAUCCUUUAUGUCACCGCUGGCUGUAAUAGGAAUACUUUCUUCUGCUAUGGUGGGUGCUCUCUAUGCAUCUGCUCAGAAAGAGAAUUCCUCGGCUGUUAUAGUGAUUGAAAUGUUGCGCCGCGAACUGAAGGAAAAGGAUGAGAUGAUUGUUUCCUUAAAGAGGAACUAUGAAUCAAAGUUACUGAAUGAGCAGGAGGAACAAGUGAAGCUUCUUGGAAAGGCAAAGGAAGAGCAGCAAUCUUUGAUGAACCAAUUACAAUCUGCAAACAGCACCGUCAGCCGCUUGGGACAGGAGCUAAAAAGUGAGAAAAAUUUGAUUGGGGAGCUGAAGCGUCAAGUUGACAGUCUUGAAACUGAGCUAUCGGAGACUAAUGCAGACAAGUUGGAUCUUGAAAUCAGUUUGAAGGAAAAGAUAGACUCUAUUGGACAUCUACAAAAGAGAAUUGAUCUGUUAAGUUUGGAUCUCAAGGACAAAGAAGAUACUGUUCAAAGUCUCAACUCAGCCCUUGAAGAAAAGGAGUUGGAAUUGAGGAAUUUGAAUUCUGUCUACGAGCAAACCAAGGAUGACUUAUCCAACGUUCAGCUUCAGAUUCAAGGGUUGAAAGACGAACUACUAAAGAGCCAAGAGGAAUUGGAAGCCAAAGAUUCUGCCGUGAAUGAACUAAAUUCAACAAUAACUUCCUUGACUGUUGAAAACCACGAUUCUAAGAGUAAGUAUAAGAUCAUGGAAAAGGAAUACAAUGACCUAAAGUUGACUGUUGAAACAAAGGCUGCUUUGGAUGCUAAGGCUCUAAAAGAAAAAGAAGAGGAGCUUCAUCAGCUAAAGGAUCAACUUGAACUUGUCAUAGAUGAAUUAAGCAGAAACCAAGCCACCAUUAAGGAUUUAUCCCAAGAAAGAGAGGUUUUGAAGGAAUCUCUGGAAAAUGAAUCUAAGAAAGUGAAUAACUUGAAGUUCGAACUUCGAAUCGUUCAGGAGAAUCUUGGAAAAUCAAGAACCGAGUCAGCUGAAUUGGAAAAAUAUCUGACUGAAUCAAAUAAAAUGAACAAUGAGCUUGUAGUUGAGGUCUCUAAACUUUCAUCUGAGCUCAUUGAAGUUAGAGAGUCACUACAGAGUAGCCUUGAUGAUGCAAACCGUGAGGCGGAAUUGCUAGCCAGUGAACUUGCAACAGCAAAGAAACAAUUGAAGCAAGUUGAAGCAGAGCUGCAAAGCGUGUCCGUUGAACUGAAGGCUGCUCUGGAGAGCCGUGAUAGCCUACAAAGAGAAUUAGCUGACAUCUACAAAAAGGCUGAAACCACAUCUGAGGAUUUGAAUGAAGAAAGGAAGUUAGUCACUUCACUGAACAAUGAUCUAGAAGCUUUGGAGAAGCAAGUCUCGAAAGACAAGAAGGCUCGGGAAACUCUUGAAAUGGCCCUGCAGGAGGCUACCAAAUCACUGGACGAAAUGAACAGAAACACUCUGAUUCUUUCUGAUGAACUAGAGAGAGCUAAAUCUCUUAUAUCUGGUCUUGAAAAUGAGAAGGAGGUGAUUUACAAGUCCCUUACAGAACAAAGAAAUGCAUACAAAGUGGCUCAGGAAAACAUGGAGGAUGCACAUAGUCUCAUCAUGAGACUUGGGAAGGAGAGAGAGAAUUUGGAGAACAGAAAGAAGAAAUUGGAGGAAGAAUUGGCUUUAGCAAAGGGUGAGAUAUUGCGCUUGAGGAGUAAGGUCAGCAGCUUAAAAUCACAAGUUGAAGAUAACAAUAAUGAGCAAGUGCAGAAGAAAGAUGAAAGUGAAAGCAAGGUCACUGUUGAUGGCAGGAAGAAUUUCAGAAGAAGAAAGGCUAACCCCCAAUAACUUAGGAGAAUGAUACUAUUACUUUGUGAUAAAUUUUCAUGUGAGGAAGUUGAUGUUGUUGUACUUUAUUCUGGCUUUGGCUUCAUGCAAUUUCAAGCAUUUUCAUUUGGCAAUAAAAAUUUAUGUAAGGAGAAAUUGAAGUCA